AUGGCGGUCUUCGGACAGCGUGUGCGGCAGACGCCUCACAAUGUUCAGUGCCUAUAUGACCUCGACAGGCGCGUGUACUGCGUCAAGACCUACCCCGUCCUCUCGCCCCAGGGUGUCAACAUUGUCAUCUGCGGCCACGAAAAUGGCGUUUCGAUUGUCUGGCGUGGCGGCCGGCGUCUCAAGGAUGUGCGGAAGCCUGACCCAAAGCCGGCUGCGGCAACCAACGCCGACUCAGUGAUGAUUAUCGACUCCGACGACGACGACGAAGACGCCGCGAAAGCCUCGUCCGCGACGUCUGUGGCGAACUUUGUCGACAAGCCCGUGUUUGAGGACGCGCCCGCCGACACAAACGCAGGCGGGUUUGCCGAGAUCGUGCAGACACUGGAUCUGGCCCUGAACCAGGCCGUCCUCAGCGUGGCUGUUCUGCCCAUUGCACCCUGUGCAGCCAACGAGGCCGAGCCCAGCAUUCUCCAGGAGAAGAUGGUGUUUGCCAUUACGUGCCGUGCGACAGCCGACGUGUUUGUCGUCACGCUGCCUCUGACACCACCCUCCAACGAGAGCAAGAACCGGCCGCAGCUGCGGACGAACCUGGUUGCCGGCAACUUGGGCCGCGGCGCGUUUGGCGACGUGCUCAUUCCUCUAGGCGGCCAGAACCGGCGUGGCGAGGGCGUGGCGAUCACUCUGGCCAAGCAAAAGACGGCACCGGCGCCUGCACCGUCGUCUGGCGCUGUGUCCCGUUCCGCAUCCGCAGCCACCACGCCGCCGGCGCGCGUGAUUGUGGCAGUCUAUGCACGUGAAGCAUCCGGUACGCUGCGGCUAUGGGAUGUCACGGUGGGCGCCAAGCGUGCGGCUUCAGAGCGGCCGAUCGAGCCUUUUCAGACCGAGUACCUGCCCAGCCCUCUCACGAGCGUGGCCUUUAACCCGACGCACCCGACGCAGCUUCUUGCUGUCGACCCGCAGCGCGCCGUGCGCAUCUACGACUUCACCAUCCCUGCGAUCCCGUCGGACGACAUGGCCGAGGGUGCCUACCCGCCGCAAGGCUCGUGGCUGCUGUCCCUGUACCCGCCCUUUGCCCGUGGCGGGCUCACGCACACCGCGCGCAAGCCAGUUGUGGCCGCUUCGUGGAUCGCACACGGCCAUGCCAUUCUCGCCCUGCUGGCCGAUGGCCAGUGGGGUGUCUGGGACAUUGACCGUGCAAGCUCCAGCAGCGGACGUGGGGGCGUGUUCGGCGCAGGGUCCGCGACAUCGGGCAUCCGCGGCGCUGCUCUGGCCAACUUUACCAUCUCCGGUCAGAUUGAGGGCACGACGCCGCUGCGGAAUCCUGCGACCAGCGCCCGGAAGUCGACCGAGGGCGACUUUGUGCCCAUGACACCGUACACCCGCCGCGAUGCCCUCGCCGCCUCGUUUGCUGGCGGUGUCGAGCGGCUUGUGGCCAUCCCCGGCGGCGUGGAGGUUGUGCAGCAGCGCUCGCUCCGUGGCACGGCUGCGGGAACGGAGACGGCUGUGCUGUGGCUGGGCGGCGCGGACUACACAGUGGCCGUCAUCCCAGAUGUAUCCCGGUUCUGGGACGCGCAGCUGCGGCGGUCGUCGGGCGGCGGCGUCAACCUCUUCAGCGGUGCUCGGCCGACCCGCAUGGCCCGCGUCCACGACCUCGGCGCCAGUCUGCAGGGCGAGCGGUGCUGUGGCGCCGUGGCUGUGUCAUGGCCUUCGCUGCCAACGCUGCCGACGCAGCGCAGAGCCUCUGGGGUCCACGGUGGCGAUGAAGACGAGCAUGACGAUGACGAAGACAACGAGGCAGCGACAAAUACAAAUGGUGGCCAGUCGAUUGAGGUGCUCGUCCAGGGUGAGACCCGCCUGGUCGCGACCCGCGAGAGCGGCGAAGACGCCUAUGCUGGUGGCUUGACAACACGUCUGCUGGCAGCGUCGGCCCGCCGGCGGAAUGUGGGCGACACCGUGACAAGCGCCAUUCUCGUCGAGCCGCGCACGCGCAAGCCCGGCACGGUCAAGUUUGAUCUGGACGCGAACCAGCUUCGGCAGCAGCAGAGUCUCCUGCGUGGCGGCAGCAACAGCCAGCGCGGCAAGCUGGGCCCUUCGGCCUCUGGUGCCGGCGCGACACCACGCCGUGCGCCGCUGACACGCUCGCUCUUUGAGUCACCUUCACGCUCUGGCCCAGCAGGCAACAACAACAACGGCGGCGGCGACGACGCUGCCGACGCUGCCGACGCUGCCGACGAUGCCGAUACUGCCCUGGCGCUGACGCCGCAGCGGACACAGCGGUCCUUGUUUGACGAGAACGAGGUCACGCUGACACAGAGCAUGAUGCGCCCGCCGCCGCGCAACGUCAAGCCCGACCUGACGUUUGCGGGCGGCCUCGAGGACGCGGCCAACGCGCUCGACGAUGAAGAGACGGUGCAGGACCGCAACGUCGAGGAAGAGAUGCUCGACAUUAUGGAGAUUGACCGGGCGCUCGAGUCGAUGGAAGGCCGCCGCGACGGUGGUGUUCGCAACGUCUUUUUCGAGGGCGCCUAG